AUGUCGCUCCCAAUCCUCCUCCUCGAUGGAGGCCUAGGCACAACCCUCGGUUCCCCUCCCCACAAUAUCACCUUCACUUCCUCGACACCCCUCUGGUCCUCGCACCUCCUCCUCUCCGCCCCCUCCACUUUAACCGCCGUGCACCGCUCCUUCCUGACCGUCGGAACCGACAUUCUCCUCACAGCAACCUACCAAACCAGCUUCGAAGGCUUCACGCGUACAGAUCCCAAGUUUACGCGCGAUGAUGCGGCUCGGUACAUGCGCUCUGCGAUUCCGCUUGCGCGUAACGCGUUUGGAACACACCCCGAUAAACCCGUUCGUCUUGCGCUAUCACUAGGUCCGUAUGGGGCGACUAUGUCGCCUGUCGCUGCGGAGUAUUCGGGUCUGUAUCCGGAAGAAAUGAAUAGUGAGGAUGCGCUGAGGAAAUGGCACGGGGAGCGGCUGAGGGUGUUUGCGGAGGACGACGCAUCGUGGGGUACGGUCGAGUAUGUGGCGUUUGAGACGGUGAGGAGGCCUGAUGAGGUGAAAGCGAUACGGGGAACUGUUCGCGAUAUACUCCCAAGGGCUAAGGAACGGAAGCCAUGGUGGAUUUGCGGCGUAUUUCCGGCAGAAGAGGUGGAUGAGGAUGAUGUCCGGCGAUGGGUACGUGCUGCGCUGGGUGACUCUGAUUCUCUACCCCGUCCCUGGGGUAUCGGGGUGAAUUGCACCCGUGUAGUGAAUCUGGGUCUUAUUGUCGAUAUCAUGCUUGAUGAACUACGGAAGUUGAUCGAGCAGGGCCAGCUUGUGGACGAAUGGCAGACGACAUCCGGACGGCCAUGGCUGGUAUUGUAUCCUGAUGGUACUCAAGGAGAGGAAUAUGACCCAGCUACGAAGGAAUGGGUGCAGAAGAGGACGGAAGAGAAUCCACAACCGUGGGAUGAGGCUUAUUGGGAUGCUGUGAAAAAGGUGAAACCAGGGGAUUGGGAGGGAGCUAUCCUGGGAGGAUGUUGUCGGGCUGGACCAGAGCAUAUUGCGGCAUUGCGGCGAAGGGUAGAUAGGAAUACCAGAUUUGACAAAGAGAGUAAUGUAUAG